AUGGCGCUGGCGGCCGAGGCCCGCGGGGCGAGGCUCGCCGACCUUGGCGGAGGCGCCGAGGACGAGGUGGGCGAUGAGGCCCCCGAGGGCGAGGCGCUUGGCGCAGGCGCUGCCCGCGGCCGUGGCAGGGGCCGUGGGAAGGCCCGCGGCAGGGGAGGUGGCGGGGGCCGCGGCGGAGCCCGCAAGGGCAUGAAGGCUAAGCCUGCCGCCGCAGCUGUCUUGAAGCGCCCUGCAGCGGCCGCUCCAGGUGGGGCUGCCAAGUUCGCGAUGCCGAAGGGCAUCGACUACAGCCGCUGCCUCAACAAAAAGGACGCCAUGUGCCGCGACAAGAACACGUUCGCAUCUCGUGCGUAUUCUGCCGCGAUCUCCUCGGCGAAGGCCAUGGGGAUCACUGGUGACAUUUUGAAGGUGAUUGGCCGCGCGGCCUACGAGGACGCUGGGAGCUUCUGGAGCACCGCCCGCUAG